UACCCAUACCCCAAAUCAGUAACCCAAUUCCCCUUUCCCUUUUCCUUCCUUCUUCGAGCAAUCAGCAACACCAUCAACAUCUUCAUCACCUUCCUCCUUCUUCUGAAAUUUCGAGUGCCUUCAAGCUAGAUUAAUCAUCUUCUCGUUAAUUCAACUGGUCCUUUCGUGUUCCCUUCUCUCUGUGCAGCAAAAUCAGUGGCGGCUUUCACCGAACACGAACACCGCUUCUCACGGUGGUUCUACAACCAUUACCGGUGUUCCUUCUUCUUGUAAUUGUUGGUGUAAACAAAAUAAGGAAUUCUGCUACUUCUGUUCAGAACUCCAUUAAGAAAGCUGGUAAUCAUGGGUUUAGAUCGGAUGAAACGAGGUAGAGGACCUGUUGUCAUCACUACUGUUGGCGGUACUGUUUUGGUGUUGCUGGCUUCAACUGUCUCUAAUAUUAUCUCAAUUCAGCAGCGUGAAAUUGAGCCUGGUACCAUCAAUCCUACCGACCAGAUUUUGUUUACUCGUGCUCUUCUUGAUGCUUCUCUUAUGGGAUUCAUCCUGUUCCUUGGACUGAUGAUGGACAGAUUGCAUCAUUAUAUUAGAGAACUCCGCUUACUUAGAAAGACGAUGGAGGCUGUAAAGAAACAAAACCGAAGUUUUGAUGAUGCCAAGAAUGGAAGUUCAGAGGAGCUCAAAGCCAUGGAGGAGGAAGUUGCUACUCUGAAGUCUAGGAUUAAGACCCUCGAAUCUGAAUGUGCGGCAAAAACGGAUGAAGUAAAGGCUGCUGAAUCUAAAUCUGAGGCAUUGAAAAAGCAAUCCGAAGGUCUACUCCUUGAAUAUGAUCGGUUGCUUGAGGACAACCAGAGUCUUCGUAGCCAGUUGCAGGAAAUUGGUCAUUCUGAUGGCAAGAAAAACAUGUAAUGCAAAGCCCCAUGUGUGUAAAUCGCUUUCGAAUGAGAAGAUUCCUGAUGUGGCGCACUCUUCGCUGUGUCACCUGUGCUCAGAGAAAUUUGUGAACUCUGCUUGUCUGAAAAAUGAACACUUAUAUGUAAUGGACCUUCCUAAAUACAUCUUAUUGAUUUCUAGUUAUACAAAGAAAUAUGUUCCAUA